AUGGCUCCUGACGACAUCCACUUCCCUCCAUACCAAGGCCACUGCGUGAAGCUCUCGGUCAUUAAUGGAGCGAAAGCACACAUGGCAACACAAAUGCUUGUCCAUCCUGUCCCAGACGGCCAGAAGUACAUGAACUUGGCGUGUUACAGCUUCUUGAUCGAGUCACCACACCGCAACCAGAAAGUCCUCUUCGACCUGGCUUUCAUGAAAGAUCUAGACGCCCGGAUGCCACCAUCAUUGAAAGCCCUUUUUGCCGGCGAUGAGCACGUCAUGGGCAUCGAUGAGUUCCACCAUAUCCCUGACACCAUCAAAGCUCAUGGUAUCGAACUCUCAGCAAUCAACGCCGUCAUUUGGUCGCAUGCCCACAUUGACCAUGUUGGUGAUCCCUCCGUCUUUCCACCCAGCACAGAGCUUGUCGUUGGCCCUGGCCUCAAAGCACGCUGCAUCCCUGGCCACCCAACCAAUCCCGAUUCUUUCGUUCUCGACAGCGCAUUCCAAGGCCGCAGUGUCCGAGAGGUCGACUUUUCCACCAGCGCCACAACUAUCAACGGAUUUCGAGCCGUAGAUUUUUUCGAAGACGGCUCUUUCUGGCUUUUGGAAGCUUCCGGUCAUACUGAAGACCACAUCUGCGCUCUAUGUCGGACGACGGAGGAAUCCUGGGUCCUCUUGGGCGGCGACGCUUGCCAUACUAUUGCACAACUUCGACCAAAUCGAUUCAGACCGCUACCGAAUUAUGUACCUGCCAGCACACUCGGCAGGACACCACCGCCUGAACGAUGCAGUUGUGCCCAUAUGUCGCGUCUCGUUCAGCAGGCCAAAGGGGGCUCAUUCUACGAUCUUGCGCCGGGGAUGCAGGAGGACCUUAAAAGGGCGGAGGAAACGAUUGAAAAGCUAAAGGCUUUCGAUGGGAGGGAUGAUGUUAUGGUAGUCAUCGCACACGAUGCUUCGUGGUUGGAUGUUUUAGACUUCUUUCCGCAGAACAUCAACGAUUGGAAAGCAGCGGGCUGGGCAGUUCAAGGCAGGUGGUUGUUCUUGAGAGAGCUCGAAGGACUAGCGGCGGCGUCUUCAUGA